AGGCCGAGCCCGCUGCCGAGAAGGCAUAAACUCGUUCCUUUGGGAUGAUGUUUUUGUCUCUCUUUUUUGCGCCUCGGUCUCUUCUCAUGAUGUCUUUAGUCAUUUUUUCACCACCACUUGCGACGUGACGGGCUUACUCGAAAGGCGUUUGGGGAAUCAUAUUGCUUGGGAACACUUAUCAACAUAAGGGGGGGUUUUCAUUGGUCUACAAGUCAACGCGUUUUGCUCUUUUUCACAACAUCGCCACAGCGCGCGCGGGGGGUAGCUUCUUGUUUCUGGCUUUCAUGUAUCUUGGAUUCACACAUCACUCAUGGGGAUUGAGGAGGUUUGGAUCGUUUGUGCUGAAACGCAACGGAGGGUAGGUUUGGGCUACAACCUAUGGAUGAUUGGGAAAUGGGAAACGGGCGACCGGCGGCUUCGAGGGUGUCUCAAGAAGCGAAGGACAUACACCAAAAAGCCUUAUUUUGGAUACUGCAUUGCAUAUAUAAUCCGUCUUGGAACGAUACCACUUUUUUUUCUUCAAAUACCCUGAGCAAGCGCUUUGCCCUUUUAGUUUGACAUGGCUACCUGGCGAUUUUGCAGUGUAGUUCUGAAAAAGCCGAGAAUUUGGUUUGAUGAAUACGAAGUUUGGAGCGAAGGACCUUGAAGCGAUGAUCUGGCGGUCUGGUCUGGUAGUGAUGCUGAGUCCAGACGCGAGAAGGCGGCUUUGAUAGCUUCACUGUAUCUGUAGUAUACCACAGGAUACCCUUUGACUAUCACGGAGGGAAUUCGCAAAUACACUUUUUUAUUAUUGUG